AUGCUGUUGCAAAGGCGAUCUUUGCGUUCACGUUUGGAUUUAUUGCGGGGUGAGUGUGCGGUGCAGAAACGUGUGCUCGACAGUCAGCAGCGGCAGGUUGAGUAUGCCGGGGGAGUUCCGCGUGAAUUUGCCCUUGGCGAUAAGGUUUGGGCGAGAGACUUCGGCAGUAAUGAUAAAUGGGUAAAGGGCGUCAUAGAACAAAAAGAGGGCUCGCGAAGAUACAUUCUCGGCAACGGUGACGGUCAACGUAUUAAAAGACAUAUAGAUCAAAUAAGACGUAGGUCGCGCCUAUCCGAUGUUACCUGUCCGGAUGUAGCUAAUGAUGUAGAAAGGGCUUCAAACGGGCCUGAGGAUGAGUUCGCAGAUGCGUGUUCCGAUUUGCAAACUGAAGGGGUAGCUUCUGCAACGGAGAGAAACAAGGAAGCUGAGGAAGCGGAGGGCAGCGAUGAUACGCCAGGAGAUACUCCGGUUGUCAGCGAUGCGGUAUCAGAAGCUCCCACUCCUCCACAUUUAUCACCACCGGUGACCCGUCCCAAGCGAAUCCGUAGACCCGUUAUUCGUUAUAAU